AUGGCAAGCUCGGAAGAUGACGCCAUUCCCGGAACAGAGAUCGUCUACCGACCCGGACAGCAUGGCGGACCAGACGCAGAUCACAUAGACCUGGUCCUCAUUCCUCAGCCCUCUUCAACCGCUGCUGAUAACCCGCUCAACUGGACUACCCCCUGGAAGACUCUGGUCCUCGCCAGCCAGUUUGUCUUUGUCUUUGUCUCCAUCAUGACCCCGCUGGCUAUUGCCCCUCUCACCCACUUCUUCAUGCUGCAGUUUGACAAGACCCUGCCGCAGGCCAAUCUGCUCUUUGGCGUCGCCGCCAUCACCCUGGGCUUUGCCAACUUCCUCAUCGUUCCUGCCGCCAACGUCUUUGGCCGCAGACCCAUCGUCGCCAUCUGCGGCAUCAUCUGCCUCCUGGCCAAUGUCUGGCAGGCCCUCGUCACCAGCUUUCCCAGCUUCAUCGGCGCCCGCGUCAUCUCCGGCCUCGGGGCUGCCGCCAACGAAUCCAUCAUGCCAAUGGUCGUCGCCGACAUCUUGUUCCUGCACCAGCGCGGCCAGUCCAUGGCCCUGUACUUUCCCCAGACGCUGUGGCCCGUCAUUGACCAGGCCAUCUUCCAGUUUUGGGUAUGCACCAUCCUGCAGGGCGUCUCGCUCAUCUUCAUUGUCGUCGCCUUUCCAGAAACGAAAUAUGUCCGCCCUGUCGACCCUGUAGAGAACAUGGGCGAACAAAGAAUCAGAUCUGGCACCACCAACGCCACAGUCUCGGACUUGACAGAAAAGGCAGCCCCCGUGCCCCAUAUAUCCUCAGCCGACGUCGAGACCGGUCAGCCUGUAUGGGACGUUGCCGCCGAUGCUAUCGUGGCGAUAGAUGCUGAUGCUGCUGCUGCUGUUGUUGAGAUCGUUCCAGAUCGUAGCAACCCCCUCGUCGGCCGCGGUCGCCCGGCACGCUGGCAGUGGUCACUUGUGCCGAAGCCUCGCUUCGACCACGGCCUAGCAUUGGUUGUUCGCGACCUUGUCUCCCCAAUACAGCUGUUUCUCAUCUAUCCCAUCGUCCUCUGGGCAUCACUUGCCAUGGGCUUCGCAGCAAACUCGCUGCUAGCACUCAACCUGACGCAGGCCCAAGUCUUCCUCGCACCUCCCUACAAUUUCUCGGCCGACCAGGUUGGCUAUGUCAACUUCUCCUUCGCUGUCGGUGCUGCUAUCGCACUGCUGACCGCUGGCCCGUUGUCUGACUGGAUAGCACUGCGAGCAGCUCGACGCAACAGCGGCGUCCUCGAGGCAGAGAUGCGGCUGCAGGCACUGAUACCGUUCAUUGUCGUGAACCUGGUCGGCAUGGUCGUGACUGCCGUCGGGUACCAGCGAGGCUGGGACUGGGCUAUCACCGUGGUCGUCGGCUAUGGCCUUGUCGGUAUGCAGGUUGUCGGCAUCCCGGCCAUCGUGAUCGCGUAUGCUGUUGACUGCUACAAACAUCUUCCAGGCGAAAUCAUGAUCGCGGCCACGAUUGUGAAGAAUACCUUUGGCUUCGGCAUGAUUUUCUAUUACAACGACUGGACCGCGCGGGGGGGAUAUCUUGCUCCUGUUCUGAUGCUCAUGGCUAUCACUGUCGGCUUAUCUGUCCUCGGACUUGCUGUCACCGCGGCAGAGGUGCUUCCCCUGGGCCUCGAGAUCGGCGUCAAGAAUGGCAAGAUCGCCAUGAUCGGCCAUGGUCUGGAGGCAGGCAGCCAGACGGAGAUUGUGGAUGCCGAGGGCGCCUAUAUCACACCAGGCGGUGUCGACUCUCAUGCGCAUAUCGAGCAGGACAAUGCACCCACGGGUGACACUUGGGAGACCGGAUCUCGGUCAGCGCUCGCUGGUGGUAACACGACGGUGCUUGCAUUCGCGUCGCAGAAGCGGGCCGAGGAGAGCAUUUGGCCAGCCGUGGAAGCGUAUCACGCCAAGGCCAAGGGCAACUCGUACUGCGACUAUGGCUUCCACGUGAUCCUAACGAAUGCCAACGAAGAGGUGCUAGAGAGAGAGCUUCCGGCGCUGCCUGAGCACGGAAUCACUAGUAUCAAGCUGUAUAUGACGUACCGGCCGCUCAAGCUGGACGAUGGGUCGCUGUUCAGCAUCAUGAUGGCAGCGCGGUCCCUCGGCAUCACGAUCAUGAUCCACGCCGAAAACAACGACAUUGUGGAGCAGAUCACCGCGCGCCUCGUCAAGAAAGGCAACACGCAGACCUAUUUCCAUUCUGUCGCGCGGCCCCAGAUUGCCGAGAGUGAGGCAACGUACCGGGCCAUCAGUCUGGCCGAAGUGACAGACGCGCCGAUCCUCAUUGUGCACAUGUCGUCACCGACAGCAUUGCGACACGUCCGCGAGGCGCAAAACCGGCUUCUGCCCGUGCACGCCGAAACCUGUCCGCACUACCUGUACCUGACGAGCGACAAGCUGCGCUCGGAGCCGCAUCCGCCGCACGACUUUGACGGCGCACGGCACAUCUGCGCGCCGCCACUGCGUCACAGUGCACAAGACCUCGAGCAGCUGUGGCAGGAGCUGGCCAACGGCACGUACACGGUCGUGUCAUCGGACCAUGCGCCCAGCCUGUUCGACGAUCCCAAUGGCAAGAAGCGCGGACUCACGGUCGACGCCAAAACGGGCGCCACCCAUGUCGAUUUUCGCACCGUGCCCAACGGGCUGCCCGGUAUUGAGACCCGGCUGCCGCUGCUGUUCCACCGCACGUUCGAUCCGGCUCUGGGCCCGCCGGCCGGCAACGCUGCCGUACACAUCUCGCUCCCGCGCUUUGUCGCCCUGACGUCGACCAACCCGGCGCAGCUGUACGGCCUGGCCGACUGCAAGGGCAGCCUGCAGCCGGGUCUGGAUGCCGACAUUGUCAUCUGGUACCCCGAAGCAGUGCCGGGCGCAGACGGACAGCCAUCGCAGCCGCCCGCCUUUUCCAUCACAAACGACUCGCUGCACCACCGCAUCGACUACACGCCCUUUGAAGGCAUGGCCGUGCGCAAUUGGCCGCGGUAUGUGUUCCUGCGCGGAAACCGGGCUUGGGAUCGUGAUAACGGCGGCGUGCUGGCCUCCAAGGGCGAUGGAUGGUUCUUGAAACGCAACCGCUCGCGCAUCCUGACUGGCCAGAUGGGGCGUACGGCAACGGGCAUGAGCAGUGGCGAGUGGGCAUCGUGGAUGUGA